UUCAUUUAUUUGGAUGAGUCUUUUCCAGAUCCAAGAGGUGGUUCGAAAUGGCUACAGGUGGCGGGUUGGGAACGGGAAAUCUAUUAAUAUUCGGGAAGAACCAUGGCUACCUGACAAGGAUAAUCCCAGACUUAUAACACCAGUGUGCGAGGGAUUACAACACACUACUGUGGACAACCUUUUUGACAUUUCGGGUGGAGCUUGGGAUAAUGAUAUUCUCGGAGAUAUCUUUGUCGAUAGGGAUGCUUUGCUUAUACAGUCCAUUCCGAUUAGUUUGCGCACGAUGUCGGAUUUGAGAUGUUGGAAGUGGGAGGAAGAUGGCCAUUUUUCAGUCAAAAGCUGUUAUCGUUAUCUUGUUGGGGCUUUCAACCUGGCUGAGCAGGAUGGUUGGACGGCCAUGUGGUCUUGGAAGCUUCCUCCAAAAAUAAAAAUAAAUCCGGCAGGUUUGUAGCGGUUGUCUACCAACCAGAAUCAAUCUGCAGUCGCGCGGGGUGGAUUGCUGAGGACAGUGCGGUUUAUGUGGUGAUCUGGGGGAGUCCUUGACCCAUAUUUUUAUGUCCUAUGUGGUGGCAAGAGAGGUGUGGUCAGCGGUGUCCUGGAAUUGGUCUGCUCAAGGUGUAAAUGAUUUCUUGGAGCAGGUUCAGAAGGAAUUUCAAGUGAGAAGAAAAGGAUGACCUCGUGAAACUGAUUUGGGGGUGCUGGGCUAUUUGGAACGAGAGAAAUCGUCGGGUUUGACAGAAUUUGUCUUCCCCGGCGUGCCAAUUUAUGCUUAAGACCGAGGCAUUUGUGAUGGGUUGGGUCCAAGCGCAGGCUGCUCGUUUGGAAGGAAGUUCAGCGGGGAAGAAUGGACAACAAGCGGCUGCAUCAUGGUGUCAUCCAACUGCAGGGAUGUUGAAGUUGAACGUUGAUGCUGCUGUUCGUGAUGGCUUCUGCGUGCUAGGGUGGUGCCUAAGGGAUGAUGAAGGUAAGUUUGUGGCUGGAGUUGCACGCAAGAGGCAUGGGAGAUUUUCUGCUCUGGAAGCCGAGUUAAUCGGGAUUAGAGAAGCAUUGAGUUGGUUACGCGAGUCGGGUUGGAGAACUAUUGAAGUUGAGUCUGAUGCUUCCCAGGUUAUCUCGAAAGUUCUGAAGGGCUCGAGCAUCUCUUUUUCUCACGUUAGACGGUCAGCGAACAAGGCGGCUCAUGCUAUUGCUAAGGCGGCCUGUUCUUUGUCUGAUUCUCAAUCUUGGUUUACUAUUCCCCCGUUGUUUAUUUCUUUUGUAAUUGACAAUGAUUUGAUUAAUGUUAAUUAAUUAUCUUUUUCCCAAAAAAACAUGAUAGUCCUAUUUUGGAAUUUCAAACUUUUUUACUCACGGG